AUGAUUACUGCGCCGAUUCUAGUCGGGCUCUGUGCCUUGUCGCGCCCAACACUGGGCGAUGAAAGUGAGCAUUUCGGACCUAGCAAGGACUUUGCACGCCGCCGCGCCCCGGAAAUCUUCAAUGCAGUGCACAACGCGAUGCGGCAAUGGGGUUCGUCUGUCCAUCACAAUGGCAUGUCACUCUUCUUGGCAACAGUCCCCGAAGGCGUCCUCUUCCACCAUGGAAACGGUCGACCAGAAAGCCCAUCUGAGCCGGACUGGCUCGCGUACGAGAUGGAACACGCUGAACAAUUUACUCGCAGCUUCGGUCCUCCGCCGAAACAAAAGAAUCCAAAUACGGAGUCGAAACCAGAUACACCAGCAGACCAGCAAAAAGUCAUGGCCAGCAAGACACCGCUUUCUGACGCUGAAAGAGGGUGGCUACAUGUGUACCGGACGACUCGACCGCUUCAAUUCCUAUACAUCGACGGGAUGAGCGGAGCAAAAACCGAUAUGGGAACCCUCGACAUGCAGGAUUAUCUGCUUCGCAGCCGGCGAUCUCAUGGCGAAGUUGGUCGAGAUGUCCGUCAAACGGCCAACACGCCAAUAAGAGAGCGAGAACGGGCCGAAUUCCUAUGCGAACUUUGCAAAGAAUGGCACCUGCAGGGAGUUAUUCGAAUGGAGGCUGGCUUUGAGAUCAUCAAGUGCAACUUCACGGAUGGAUUGGAACAAGUCCAAGCUUUUCGACGUCCCCGCUCAAGAAACAGUCAUGGACUCCGGAGUGAGACUCGGCAGUUUGAGUACCUCCGCGGCAUUGCGGAGAGAUAUUUCGACAUUGGGUCAUCGCGAACCGUGAUUGACUACUCAUCCAUGGUUUCCGCCUUCUUCUUCCCAGUCAACUUGACCAACCCCGACACCAAGCGACCAGAUUUGCCCAGACUUUCUCAAGCCACCGACGCCGACUUAGCUACUAUCAACGGGUACUUCAAUGGCAUCGUUUCACAGCGUCAAAAUGAAACUAGACGCCAAAUAGACUGGCAAGACGUCUCCGAUAUCAUUGUCAGCCGGUAUGCUGACAGAUUGGAAUACAUGGUGAAACAUGUCGCUUCUAUGGACGUACUGGCGCUCGAAAUAAACUUCCUUCUUGAUGUUUAUAUCGAUUACCCCGACGAGGAUGAGCCUUCUUUGCCAAAUGCGGUUAAUCACUGCAAGGAGUUUUAUCUAAAGGCGGUCUCUCCGGCGUCAGAAUCGGAUCACCUCAUUCAUGCCGCGUUCCGGCAAGUCAUGUCAGAGAUUUGCACAGCACUUUUUGAGGUCCGCGAGUCAUUAAACUCCAAAAAGCUGACGAAAGAGCAAUCCCUAGCAACGUCCACAAAAAGGCUGCAGUCACUGAUGCAAUAUCUUGAUUGGGCUCGCUUUAAGCGCUGUUCUGGCUGUGGCGUCGAGGAGGUUUGUGUCAUUCCCAUGUGGCCAUUUGGUGACGAGGAGGACUAUUACCAUCCUCGAUGUCGGAAUUCAUCGGACACCCGCAGGGGCAAGAGCUAUUGGGGCAGAUUUACACCUUAG